ACCCUGCCCUCAUCUGGCUUCCUCUACCAAGGCCAUGUGGCCACAGUUGAGGGUCAGGGCAUCUCCCUUGCUUCAGACACGCUGGGGUCAAGCCAGGCUUCAUGUGUUUAGGAGCACCCUUCUCCAGGCAGGAGGUUUAAAAUUGCAGAAGGGACAUCUGUCUCCUGAGCUUGGGGGUUUUAAAACAGUCCCUCGGUUUUACAAGAGCCUAAGAGGGUUCAGCCUUCCAGUAAACCUCCAACUACAUAAAUGUCCAACUACUUCAAGCCUCUGUUUUCCUUGCAGGGCCAUAUCCAUGGCCCACUUCAUGCUGUGCUGACUGCUCUCCACUCCCGCACAAGUCAGGGCAUUGAGAACAGUCAGCAUCAAAUAGGACAGAUGAAAGGCUAAGUAUUUAGCAAGUGUGCAGGAGGAAUGCAGAUGUCACCUGGAGAAAGUCCCCAGGAGACUCAUACUUGCCAUCAGAGAGGAGCUGGGCCUUUAGUCAGCAGCACUGCUGGUCCACUGCAAUAUCCCAGGGGCUAAGUGAGCCAGUGUCCCACUCAUGCGAUUACCUAUUUGCACUCAGGCUUCCCAAAAUACUGCUGAAGGCAAGGACAAGGUAAGCAGCCAUUUCCAGAGCACAUUGAAACUCUGUGAUGUGAUCACAUUUUGGAAAAUCACACCAGUCUUCCAAACACUUUCUAUAGCACCCAGCUUGCAGCCCUGACCAAGCUGGAGAGAUGUCCACACACAGCAUGGCAAAGGGAACAGUCACACAGGUUUCUCUUGAAUACAAGAGCUUCUUAUCUUAGUCUGCAAAAUGUGCCUACAGUCACAUGGAAAAGGGCCUUUGCAAGAAAGUAUGGCUGUGAAAUAUGGAGAAGUGCUCUCCUGAACUUAAACACACUCCAAAUCACUUGCCCCGAGACUCCAGCAGUAAUAAAUGGCUAGCAUAAGAAACACAGUCUGACUCUGAAAAAUUAGCAUGCUUGCGAAAUUUCAAGCAAUCCAAAGUAUCCCUGAAGUGUCAUAUAUUUUACAGUUUCGUAUACAUUUGUGUCUCUUUGUCCUGCUCUUCAAAGGCUUUCACUGGCUGGUUGCCUGGGGGAAAGCGAAGGAUGGUCUAGUCUAUCCCAAACUGCAUGCAUUUUUAGAGCAUGCUAAUGAACACACUGAUGAACACAGCCUAUAAUAAAAAAAUAUUCCUUUGCAAGGAUGCCCUGCUUAUAGCCCUGACAGGAAAGGAGCAGCAGCUUUUUCCAGAUAAUUAUUCAAUAGCAUUUGCUGUUUAGCUGAUAUUCCUUCAAACUGAUGUUCUGCAAACAGAAAGCAGAUAACAAUAAUGGCUUUCAUGUGUUUUGAAAGCUCUUCUGCUUCAACUGAUGCUAAAAAGAAAAAACACAUCUGAGGUCUUUCUCCACUGUUUGCACCACAGUGACACAAAUACAGCUCAUAGACAGUAAAAGGUCAAAUGGAACUGUAAUCACAGCAGAAAGUCAGGCUAGCAUGGUGACAGUGCAGGAGUCAACAUGAUGGUGCCACGUCUGUAUGACAGUAAUUCAGAUUUAGCUCAAGUGAGGCCCUGACCUGAUAGUGAGAAGUGAAUGUAACUGUAUCCAAAUGCAGGCAUCAUCCAGCUCUAAGCUGGCACAGAAUCCAGGCAGACCUACAGACUGAAGAUUAUCUCAAGCACAAGAUCAGAAGCAGGCCUGAGCGAUCAGACCUGGUCAAUAUGCACAUUUUACAAGACUCAGCUGCAGAGGGGUCCAUUCAGUCCACUCAAAUGAAGCUGAAAAGAGCCCGACUGGCAGAUGAUCUCAAUGAAAAGAUUGCUCUCAGGCCGGGUCCUCUGGAGCUGGUGGAGAAGAAUAUUAUUCCUGUCGACUCAGCUGUGAAAGAGGCCAUAAAAGGCACGCAGGUGAAUUUCUCCAAGCCAUCUGAUGCGUUUGCCUUUGAGGAGGACAGCAGCAAUGACGGCCUGUCCCCAGAGCAGGCCAGGAGUGAGGACUCCCAGGGCUCCACAGAGUCAUCAGCAGGCACCAAAUCCUGUGAGCUGCCGCCCUCGGCCCCCUCAGGGCCGUCCCAGGAUCACCCCCGUGGCACUGAGGGCAGCACAGUGGAGCUUGCCUCAAGCCAGAGCGGCCAGUGCGACAGCCCCAAGCAAGCAGUGGGGCAGGACAGCCCACCUCUCCCAGUGCCCUCUGUGGUGAAGUCAAAAUCAUCCAGUGACAGCAAGAACCGUCACAAAAAGCCCAAGGACACCAAGCCGAAGGUGAAGAAGCUGAAAUAUCACCAGUACAUCCCUCCAGACCAGAAGGCAGAGAAGUCCCCUCCACCUAUGGACUCUGCAUAUGCAAGACUCCUCCAGCAGCAGCAGCUCUUUCUGCAGCUCCAGAUUCUCAGCCAGCAGCAACAGCAGCAACAGCAGCAACAGCAGCAACAGCAGCAGCACUUCAACUACCCAGGGAUGCACCAAGGCCAGAUAAAGCAAUCAAAUGAGCAAAUGAUCAAAAGUUCAAAUGCUUCAUCAACUUCUGUCAGCAACACCCCUCUUUCUCCUGUGAAAACCACCUUUUCAGGCCAGACUUGUGUCUCAUCUAUCAAGCCAGGCCCUCUGCCGUCUAACCUGGAUGAUCUGAAAGUGUCAGAACUGAGACAGCAGCUCCGAAUAAGAGGCCUGCCUGUAUCAGGUACCAAAACAGCACUGAUGGAACGGCUACGGCCCUUCCAGGAGUGCAGCAGCAAUGCAGUGCCGAAUUUCAGUGAGAUCACAACUGUCACCUUUCCAGUCACUCCAACAAGCACCUUGUCAAAUUACCAGUCGCAGUCUUCCACAGGCAUGUUAUCAAAUGGCUUCUACCACUUCGGCAGCACCAGCUCCACUCCACCCAUCUCUCCAGCUUCCUCUGACCUCUCUGUGAGCGGCUCUCUGCCAGACACAUUCAACGAUGGGCCCAUGUCUUCUCCACAGUUUGGUCUUCAGCCAUCUCCAGUUCAUGGUAGUGCUGAGGAAAGCCUGAUGAGCAGCAUGAAUGGAGGGAGCAUCCAGCUGGAGCUGGAAGGGAUUGACACAGAGAAAGACAAGAUGCUGGUGGAGAAGCAGAAGGUCAUCAAUGAAUUGACGUGGAAGCUGCAACAAGAGCAGAGGCAGGUAGAAGAGUUAAGGAUGCAGCUGCAGAAGCGAAAGAGAAGCAAUGGCCUUGAGGAGAAACAACAGCCCUCCCAGCAUUUCUUUGGUGUCCCCAUCAAGCAAGAAAAUGCAGUGUCCAGCUGCCCAUUUGCAUCCAAACAAACUGCCUUGAAAGGCCAAGCCAGCAGCUCGGAUAAGUUAAGUAACUGUGGGGUGCCGCAGCUCUCUCACAUUGUAAAUAGCCACUGCUUGGAGCCUGCGGGGCAAAGCACCAUCACCUCCUCGACAUUCCUGAGCCCGCAGUGCUCCCCUCAGCACUCUCCACUCGGGGCUGCAAAGAGCCCUCAGCACAUCAGCCUGCCGCCAUCCCCCAACAGCCACUAUCUCCUGGCAGUGUCCCCCGGCUCACAGGCAGAAGGGCGCAGCACAUCGCCUCAGACCAGCAGUUGCCUUCGCACGGCAUCGCAGAUGACUCGAAGUCAGCAGAUGGACGAACUCCUGGACGUGCUGAUUGAGAGCGGAGAAAUGCCAGCCAACGCCAAGGAAGAUCGGUCCUGCCUCCAGAAAGUACCUCAGAUAACAGUGUCUACAGGGAACUCCAGCACUCCGCUCCCAAAGUCGUCUGCUCCAUUCGAACAGGUCUCCUCCACCCAGCACCCAUUCGAGCACUGUCCAGGUGGUGGCGAUGCUCACCUUGAGGUCCUGCUGAACGCCCACAGCCCACUGGGGAGAGUUGGUGAAAUCACCCUGCUGAAGAUGGGAGGAGAGGAGUCCCACUUCGAGGGGAUGAUAGAGGGGUUCUCCAGCAAAGCCGCAGAUGAACUGCUCACAUCACAGGAGAUUUUACAGACUCCCCUCUCACCCAUGGAAACGCAGCUCUCCCCUUCCCCUGCUGAUGGCUCCGGUUUACAAAUGAGUUUCACCGAAUCUCCAUGGGAAACGAUGGAGUGGCUGGACCUCACCCCCCCCAGCUCCGCCACUGGCUUCAGCUCACUCACUCCCGCAGGCCCCAGCAUCUUCAACAUUGAUUUCCUGGAUGUUACUGAUCUCAAUUUAAACACCAGCAUGGACCUCCACUUGCAGCAGUGGUGAACAGGAGGGCAGUGGAGGCAGAAUACUGUGAGCCCACAGCAGCCAGCACAGUGUUUCUGUCAUGCUGGAGAACUUGUAGGGCUAACAUGCCACGUUCAGGGGAAACUGGAGCCAUUUUCCCGGUGAAUAAACUUGUUUGAAUUUUCAGUUACUGCAAACUGACAGCACAACAGCUCUGGUACUUCGGUUUUCUUCCACUGGCACAUCUUCACAAAGGAUACUAAGUGCCUUUAUCAACACUCCUUUAGAUUGACAGUUGUCUAUAACUUUGUUUUUGUUCUUUUUAUCUUUCUCCCCCCCAGUUUUAGCAUACACUCCCAUGAGAACUGGAGCAGCUCACGACAAAACCACGUGGUGAGGCGAGCUCACCUGAGAAGCAACAGGGAAGCAAGCACACAGAGGUUGCUGUCCUGCUGCCUCCUGCAUCCCACAGGGCUCCCCUCAGCCUUGCCCAUGUCAGGAGGGCUGGGAGCAGGGUGGCACAACGGCUUUGCCCAGCCAGGGCAGUAAGCACAUCCCUGUGUACAGCCAGACUCAGCUCGUGCCCUUCCUCCUACCCCCAAAGCCCCAGAGCUGUGCUGCCCCAGUCCCUGCAUAACUGUAUGAGCAAGCAAGAGAUGGAGUCUGCCAUGUUCAUGGUGGUGUCUUGGGACGUUCUCAGACUGUUUGGGGGGCCAAAAGCUGAAGAGCUGAGCUGACAGUCUGAGCUGAGUCAGACUGCAGCCCAAGACCUUGGAGCAGAGAUUUGGAUGCUGGAGGCAGCCAUUCAGGCUGCAGGUGCAGAUGUUGAAGGGAUGUGGCAUUCCAGUGGAGCUGGCAUGGCUCAGCUCGUGUGGUACAGAUAAAGAGAUGUGUAAUGUGUUGUGGUCCAAGGUAGGAGCAGGUCAUAUGGACAAUCCAGCACAGUUUUGGAGGGGUUGGCCCUGCAGAGCCACAGUGUGGGGUGGCUCUCCACCACCGAGCAGGAGCAGGAGCAGCCCCCCUCCUGCAUGUGGGGCAGGGCUGAGCAGGCCCUCAUGGGGCUGUGAUUUUGUGUGUGCAUCUGCUUUUGCUGUCUCCGCUCUCUGCCAUCCAGAAGGCUUCCUUCUUCCCUUCCUUCUUGAUCCUCAGCAGCGAUUUUCUUCUCUCCUGAGUUUACUCCGGCAUCACCCAGCUCAGAGCAAGGCUGUCUGGAGAACAGCUGUGAAUCACUGAGCCUAGAGGAGCUCGUUCUUCUGAAGCCAGCGGAGAUGGAUGCUCUCCUGCAGUGAUGCCUCCAGUUUGAAGUCACCAGCAUUUCUCCUGCGAGUCUCUGUGCAAUAUCCUUCCUCAGGCUCCAGCGAGAAGGAGCCUUCGCUUCACGUCUUGGCUGCCACCAAAGAACUUGCUGCAGACUCUUUGACGGACACGUUGGCUUUGCAAUUCUGGUUUUGCCAAAGUAAAUAUUGUUGCUGACAAAGAUUGUUAAACUAUUUACAGACUGAGUGUAUUUAAUAUUUGUGUUACUGGAAGGACAGCGCAUCGGUGACGCGGCGCUGUGGAGGUGCACCGUGGGCACACCAAGCAUCCCUGCAGCCCCACCGUGUCCCCGGCUCGUGGCGAUGUUGCAUGCUGUAUAAAGAACACGGCAGUAGCUUUUAAGUCACUAUUUAAAGCAUCACUUUUCUAUUGUACAAAUGGUCACAGUGCACUGCUAGGAUAGACGAUCACAGGUUGCGUUUUUUUUUUUUUUUUAAUUCCUUUUUCUAAGGGAGAAAUUUUUAGAAGCUGUCCCAUGGAGAAUAUUAAUAGCACUUGAAUCAGAGUAGGGUUAGCUGCUACACUGCGCCGUUGUACAGGGCUUUCCAGGUAACUUUCUCCUCUCAACAAAUGUAUUUCCUUAUUUAAAGGGAUGCUGUCAGCUUCGAACUUGUAAACAAGCACAUUUCCUUACCUAUGUUACCAGCAACACCUUCAUUAUUAAAAACCCCUUUGCCUUGCCA